AUUUUUGGGCCGCACAAUUUCUGGGCUCCUGCCACCUCCAUUAAUUAGCAGGCAUAUACUUCAGUGUCCAUAUACUUCAGACAUGGGUAACCAUCUCCUCCUCCUCCUCCUCCUCCUCCUCGCCAUUGUCGUUAACCUCCAUGCAUUUAUGCACACUGCCAGCAGCAACAAACUGACCUUCAACGGCUUCUCCGAGGCAAAUCUGAAGCUCAGUGGCCAAGCGUCUAUGGUAGGCCGUGGUAUAAGGCUCACCAGUGGCGUCACCCUGACACAAGGGGAUGCUUUCUACAGCAUGCCCCUCGAUUUAAGUAGCAACCCCAGUGGCGGUGGGACCUCCUUCUCGACAACCUUCGUGUUUGCCAUCAACUCUGACAGCACCGAAAGCAUCUGGAGAGGUCCUGGCAUGGUCUUCGUGCUCUCUUCCACCAUGGAGCUGCAACAUCUGCACAACGAUUCAGUGGUUCAGGGCCAGCUGGGUUUCGCUCAUGUAGGAGGUAACAGCUCCAACUCAAGUGACCAGUUCUUCUUUGCAAUCGAGCUCAACUACAUCAGCGACGACCUUGUUGAGAUUGAUGUCAGAAGCUUAGUCUUCUUUAACCAUACCACCGGCUCCUACAGGGCCAACAACAUAUUCAAAAGCACCAACCUUAGCAGUGCCAAACCGAUGCAAGUGUGGAUACACUAUAAUGGCACGGAGCAAAAGCUAAAUGUCACCUUAGAAGAAUUCGGUGGUCAGAUCAAACGGUCUAAACCGCUGAGCCUGCCACAGUUAUCGUCCAUUGUCAAUCUUUCGCCUUUGCUGUCAAACUCUGAGCAUGUAUAUGCUGGGUUCUCUGCUGCAAAUGGGCAAACAAAUUGCAGUCAAUAUGUUCUUGGAUGGAGUUUCAUGAAAAAUGGACAAGCUCCACCACUAAACCCCUUUGAUCUUCCUCGAGUCCUGCCAAAUCCUCAUGUAGAAAAGGAUCUGCCAAAUCCUCCUGUUCAAGAGCAUCAUAAAAAACACAUCCUACCCAUGGGUACUCUGCUAUCAACAGUCACAUUGGUUCCCAUUGUCUUGGUUCUUUUUGUGGUUAUUUUUUCUUAUGAUGUCAAGUCGUGGUUGAAGAAAACCCUUGCACACGAAAAAUGGGAAAUCGAUUGUGGGGUGUUGCAAUCUUUCACAUACAAAGAUCUAUUUAUUGCCACCAGCAGGUUCAACAAAAAGUCGCUCCUAGGAAAAGGAGGAUUUGGGAAGGUCUACAAGGGUGUGCUGGCUGUCCCUAAGCAGACUAUUGCAAUCAAGAGGGUGUCUCCAGAAUCAAAGCAGGGGAUGAAAGAAUUCAUGGCUGAAAUCGCCAUUCUUGGUCACCUCCGCCACCGUAACCUUGUGCAGCUGAUUGGCUACUGCCGCCACAGGCAGGAACUUCUUUUGGUUUAUGACUAUAUGCCAAAUGGUAGCCUUGAUAUGUAUUUGCAUAAAAAGGAUAAGCCAACUCUGGGCUGGGAUCAAAGGCUUCACAUCAUCAAAGGGGUUGCGGCUGGCCUUGUGUACUUGCAUGAGGACUGGGAGCAGGUUGUUAUCCAUCGAGAUAUCAAGGUGAGCAACGUGCUCCUUGAUGAUGGAAUGAAUGGAAAGCUAGGUGAUUUCGGCCUUGCAAGGUUGCACGGACAUGAAGCCGACGCCCAUACCACGCGUGUGGCAGGCACCUGGGGUUACAUUGCUCCUGAGCUGGCUAGGCUCGGGAAGGCAACCAAGGCAACAGAUGUGUAUGCAUUUGGCAUAUUCCUGAUGGAAGUCGCAUGUGGAAGACGGCCAAUUGAGGCGAAUGCCCAUGGUGAACCUCUGGUGCUAGCAGACUGGGUGCUCAACACAUGGCAAACUGGUUCACUCAUUGAUGCCAUGGACACGAGGUUAGAACAAGACCAUGUCACUGAAGAGGUAGAGUUAGUGCUAAAACUUGGACUUCUAUGCUCCCACUCGCUCCCCAAGGAAAGGCCAUGUAUGCGACUCGUAAUGCAGUACCUAGAAAGCGAUGCAACACUCCCAGAUUUCCCACCAAGUUUUUUCACUGCUAAUUCAAGCAAGGAUGAAGGAUUUGAAGACCAGGUUGUGCCCCCUCCCUCGGUGGCAACAUCUGUCACAGGACUUUCUGGAGGAAGAUGAAAGAGGUGGUGCCUGGUGAGAAUGGUGAUCAGAGAUUCAGUGUAUCGCCAUCAAACCUCCCUACUACGACUACAAGAAUUUGAUGACAAAGGAGGAUGCCAUUUAUGAGACUCAAUAUCACCACUCAUCAUAAUGUACUUCUACAAUGAGGUUCAAUGUACGGAAUUAUAAUUAGAGACAAUAUGUACCAUAAAUCCAUGUAUAAGGCAAGCUUGUGAUGCUCUGUAAGCGGAAGAUGUUCUAUAUAUGUUAUUUAGGUUCAUGUGUGCUUCUUCGCUUCCCCUAUAUUGUGUAUCGAAAUACCGCAACUUGUUAUGUUGAAUCGUAAACAG